UGAAGGUGCGCCCGAGAAGACGCGCGAUCGUGGACGUUCCACACGUGCAGCCGCCAGGAUGACGAAGGAAACGACAUGCAGAGUACGAAGUGCGAAUGUCAGCUCCAAGCAGGCGCAGCAGGCGGAAAAUGAAAUUUCCGUGUCAUGCGCAUUUGAUAUCACCACUGGGAACAUGAUGGGAGAUCUCGAAUCGCUGCUGGAGAUGGACGUGGAUGUAUACACCGAACAGGAAGAGCACCUUGGCUUUGACCCAUGCGUGUCGUUGGAAACACUGGCCCUUCAAAGUCCUCAUGGCAGCAACUCCGUCGAAAAGACAUGGAAUGAAGAUGGCGAUAACAACGGCGUGGCUGCAACCUCCGUCGAUCCCUCACCUGAAAGUUUCUCCUGCACACAAGAACGACGACGGCUCUCGCUGAGGAAAGAGCUGUUUCAGCAUAGAAUAAAAGCCCAGGAUCUGUCGUCUCCAGGGCCCAGAGCAGGAAACGACACCGAUGGCAUGACGUCACUCCGUCCUUCGUACGAAGACCCCGAAUACGACUUGGCGUCCCCGCUCGCCCUUCCUCCAUCACCAACAUCGUUCCUGGAGCCCUAUGAUGACGCACUUGGUCAUUCUUCAUGUCUUAACAACCAAGACGACGUCAGGUUGGACCCAAUUCUGUCCAAGGCAAGCCCGGCGUCCACAAGACUACGCGUCCCCAAAGUCAAACACGGAGGCAUAUAUUCGUUAUUGCUCAAGGGGCUCAAGCGCCCCGAGGAAAAUGAUUCGGCCGUGCUCGUGGAGUCUACCAAGGACAGCGCAGCAAAGGGCCAUUCAUUGGUGUGCGUCGGCACAGACACGUUUGGUGAAAUGACCGCACUUGGUUCGGACCUCUCCACUUCAUCCAUGCGCAUGUCGCCUUCGCCUUCCAUGAUGCAAGUUCGGCAUGGCGGCAUUUAUCGGUUGCUGCGCGAGAAAACGUAGUGUCCCUCCGUGUGUUAACUCAAACUUGUUGUACAAUUCUGGCAUGCCUCGC